AUGCGAGACUGGUGGCGGCUCGCUCUUCUCAGCCCGCUCGGUCUCCUGAAACCCGCGGAGGCCCUGACGCGAGGAGUCAAUCCAGCGGAGGCUCCCAGGUAUCACGGGGACACCUUCGCGUGUGCCGAGGGGCUUCUCGACCGCCGCGAAGUGCUGGUUUUGCUUCUGGCCAGGGCACGAUCUUCGGCUGUGGCUCUUGAAACAUUCGUGCCUGCACAGCCUCGGGCCUCGGAGCUGCCUGCCACGGCAGUGAACGACGAUUUUUGCGAUUGCGAGGACGGAAGCGACGAACCUGGGACCGCUGCCUGUGCAGGUCGGCCUGGCGCAGACGACAGGUGGUUCUACUGCCCGAAUUCCGCCGGCACCCCGAGAUAUGUGUAUAGCUCUCGCGUCGGCGAUGGGAUUUGCGAUUGCUGUGAUGGCUCUGACGAGUGGCAAUUGCCCGGAACCUGUCAAGACCUUUGCGAAGAGCAGGGCCGAGCCAGGAAGGCGCCAAGCAGCGCACUGCAGUCCGCGACCGCCACGUUGCGCCGUUGCGUGCGCCGCAGUUUGCGGCUGGAGGCUCGCCUGGAGCAGCGGCGCGCCGAGAUGGAGCGGGGGAUCCGAAAGCGGCAAGCCGCCCUGGCUGACGCGGAGGCGGAGGUGAAGGACUGGACCGGCAAGCUGGCUGUCCUGGAGGAGGAAGAAGCGGAGCUGCUGAAGAGCUUGCAGGCACGUCAGGAGAUCCAGCGGCAAAAGCGAGCGGCCGUGGUCAAGGAGGCACAGCAAGCUGGCCGGGAGGUGGCGCCAGACUUGGCCCCAGAGAGCAAGAAAGUUUCGGAGUACGCCAAGUGGAUGGAGAAAGGAGACGCCGCCUCUGAAGGCACAGGCACAAGUAACUCGGAGCAGGUGUGCAGCGACAAGGUUUGCAUCUCGAGAGCGGCCGUCGCACGGAAGACGAGCAAAGGUGGAGCGCUGGUGGACUUCGUGGAGUUCGUCUAUUCCUCGGGCGAGCCGCAGGUGGUUGGAGAGGGGAAAGGCGAAGAGCAGGAGCCCUUCGACCUGGAAUCUGGCGAGGUCUUGGUGGAGAUCAGGGGCGGUCAGGGCGGACUUUUGGACCGGAUCCAGUUCGUGACCAGCCGCGGCCGGGAGUCCAAAGCCUAUGGCGGCAGUGGCGGUGACGCUUUCAGCUUCAAGGCGAGCGAUGGCAAGAUGAUCGUCGGCCUUCGCCGUGCUGUCGGUUUGGCUGGGAGAAUCACUGGCAUGGAGGAAGCCCUUUUUCGUCCCUUGACGCCUGCAGAGAAGGAGCUCGAAGAGGCCAUGGCCCUCGUGCAGGAAGCUGAGCGCGGCCUCGCUGCCAAGGCUGCGUCGAUGCAGGAGCUCCGAGAGAAGAUGGAGUUGGCUGCGGGCGCCCACGCCGCCUACCAAAGCCUCAACGAGUGCGGCACUGCCCAGUUGGGUCAGUACAACUACAAGAUUUGCCCCUUCGGCGAGGCGACGCAGGGUCAUGUCCGGCUGGGUCGUUGGAAGGGCUGGGCGAGCAACGCCCGGCACGUAGGCCUUUUCGAAAACGGAGAACGCUGCUUCUCGGGCAUCGUGCGCUCGCUUCGGGUGCAGUUCGAGUGUGGCGAGAGGCAUGUCGUUGAGACCGUGAGAGAGCCGAGCCAGUGCGUGUACGAGGCGACCAUGACGCAUCCAGCCGCCUGUGACCCCAGAGACUUCGAGGACAGCGAUCGAGUCCUUGAGCCCCAUGAGGGGCAUCUAGAGUUAUGA